UUUUUUCUCUUCGCUUUUCGUCUGUAACUGAAUAGAAUUGAACAUUUCCAACUCACGCACGCCAGAGAGAGAGAGAGAGAGAGACUGUUAUCUCAAUCCUCUGGUUUGUAAAAGACAGAAAUUUGAAGAUAAAGAAGUGAAAAGGAGAAUGGUUAUGUGGGUAUUCGGGUAUGGAUCUCUGAUAUGGAAGGCAGGCUUUAACUACGACGAUCGCCUCGUUGGCUUCAUCAAAGGCUAUCGCCGUGUCUUCUACCAAGGAAGUACAGACCACCGAGGGACGCCAGAGUACCCAGGAAGAACUGUCACAUUGGAACCUGCUCCGCGAGAGUGGGGAGUUGCCUACAAGAUUGCUGGGAAGGAAGAUAAAGAGACUGCCCUGACGUAUUUAGAGGUGAGGGAGAAGCAAUACGACAAGAAGACCUAUGUAGAUUUCUUCACGGAUUCAAUGGCUCUGGCGCCAGCUGUUUCUGGUGUAAUGGUAUACAUAGCAUCUCCAGACAGGAAGCUCAACCCAAACUACUUGGGCCCUGCAUUGCUUGAAGAAAUUGCACGACAAAUUAUCCAUGCGGAAGGCCCCUCAGGACCCAACAAAGAUUAUCUUUUUCAACUUGAAAAGGCUCUUCUUCAAUUUGGAUGCGAGGACAAGCAUGUCAUUGAACUGGCGAAUGAAGUGAGACGCAUCCUCGCAGAGGGAGAGGAAGGCGAUUGAUACCUUCUUGACCCCUUCAAUUCAACCCACAAGGAUUGAUUGGUUCAUUCAACUCAACCCAUUCCAUUAUACGCUGCAGUAGCAGCCAGCCGCACCACACCACAUGAUGUGUCUUGCUUGUUCUAAGGGUCCUUGGACCGUAGUCUUAUCGUUUUUCGUUUGCAAAAAAGAACCAACUACUUGCUGUAGCUGUGAAUGCUUGGAGAAAAAUAUUGUUAGGAACCCAAUUUGUGAAUCUCAAUUGGUAGGUAGGUACAAGGCAAACAAAAACCAUGCUGCUAAUGCUCAAUAUUGUUAGGAGCCCAAUUUGAGACUCUUUUUAUCAUAAAUAAAAACUAUGCUGCUGAUGCUCU